CCGGCGUAAUUAGAGGACAGCCAGAGCUGGAUGAUUUGGGUGAUAAUAUCACCACUGCUACACUACACAUGCGCUGUUCAGACCGUCUGCAGGUUACAACGUCUAAACGCCUUGGUGAAGUGGAAAGUGGAAUCUCACAAUGUGCAUCUUGUCUUGUCAACUAAAACUGAAACACCCGUAUGGAUUGGUGAUGUUAUUUGGAAGCUGCAGGCUAAUGUGUACAAUAUGCGAAGUUAUUAAUCAAGGAUAAAAGCAGAUGACCGAGGGAGACAGUGUAUGUGUGAAAGAAAAAUCCCUCCAAGAUGUUGCUCUUUGUAAGUGCUGUAGUAAUGUGGUUACUUUUAAAUAUUAGUGUCUAGUGCAUAACCAUUACUGCCUGUCAGGAGAGGCCAGCGUUGUAAAGGAGUCACAUCUGGAGCAUCUUGUCUGUGACCCGGUUAGUGUCGUCACCAGUGAACAUCCUCAUGACAUCACGGGCUUUGUGUUUUAUGUGGAAAUGAACCUCUGCAGCAAAGGGCUCUGCAGCUCCCACGUCUAGUAGUGGUGUAAGUGCAAAACAUCAUCAGCUGUUGCUGUGAGGAGAAGUGAUAUAAUGAAGGAACAGGAAAUAUUUUUGUGCUGACAGAAGUCCACAGUGUCUCAGCACUUAACUCGUGAAGAGACACAAGGUGAAACAGCCAGAUCCACCUCACUAUUGGUCUGAUGGCUGUGUAGUUAAAAACAGGAAGAUAACCCCCUCAAAUACACAACCAAACGCCGCCGCUCAAUUCACCUGACGCCUCCUUUUAUUCCCAUGGCUUUUGUUGUAAAAUAAACUCGAAUAAUGAAAACCCCUGCUUUGGAUUGGCUAACGCUGAACAUUACUGAGAGUUGCUGCACUGAAAUAAAAUCGCAUAGAGCUCCUUUUCUUUUUUUACAUUUGGUUUAUUUGUUUAUUUAUCAGUUUCCUUUUAUUUUCGAAAUAUAGACUGUAUUUAUCAGAAAUCUGCUUUUCCGUUUGGCUCGAGGAUCCCUGGGUAAUUGUGGGUUUGCAUCAGUGAGGAAGUCUAAUCGCCAGGCUGGUUCAUAAAUCAGUUUCCCAGCGCACAAUGAAAAGGGCGGUGGCACUGACAAAAAGAGGGAAAACGAUUGUGUCGAAUUCAUUUAACCGAAAUCAGUGUGCAGAUGACAUUGACCACUCCAUGCACGGCGUCCAGAUUUGUAAAUAGAUAAAUCCUCGGAGUCUUUUCGUCUUUUGGGUUUUAUUUUUUAUUAGAUCGUGCUCGAUCAUUUUAUCGGAGGUGCUGAAAUGCAGCCAGCAUUUGAGCGAGUGGCUCCCCCUCCCCUUUUGCCCACAGACACCAUCACCACAUAGCAGGGAGAGGGAGAGAGAGAGAGACCAAUAGGCAGAAUCAUUGAAAGUCAGCCUUGCUAGGAGGAUAGAGAAAUUUAAUAACAGCACCCAGGCAGACAAAGGAAAAUAUGGAUGCACAGGGGAAAAUUUCCUAUAAACAAGUACCAGAGAGGAUGCGGUGGUCUUCCUGCACAUAGUCGGAGUUAUGCACGGACUAUUCCCUCGUUUUUAAUGAGGCGGGUGGGGACGCACAGCAAGCUGAAAAGGCGGAAAGAUUUCUCAAACCCGUCUGCAAAUUCUGCCUGCCUGCGAUGGCUGUAACGGCGCGAUGCUGUUACAGUGUAAAGGAGAAUGUGCCUUUUUCCUUAUAUUUGGUUAUUUUCGUACUCAGUGGCCUUACACAUGCACAAAUUCGAUACUCCAUUCCGGAGGAGCUGGAGAACGGGGCAUUGGUCGGUGACAUUGUCCGGGAUUUGGGUCUAGACCUGAGGAAACUUUCCACCCGACGAAUCAGAAUCACAUCGGACAGCGGCAGGAGAUAUUUCACCAUAAAUCACAAAACCGGGAAGCUGGUGGUGAGUGACCGCAUUGACCGAGAGACGGUUUGUGAAUUCAGUGGCACCUGUUCACGCAACCUGGAGGUGGUAUUAGAGAAUCCACUGGAGGUGCACAACGUGGAGGUGGAGAUUUUGGACGUGAACGAUAACGCGCCACAGUUCCCUCGAGAUGAAUAUCAGCUUGAGGUGUCGGAGUCCGCUCUCACCGGCUCGCGGUUCCACAUCGAGGGAGCUCAGGAUGCAGAUGAUGGCUCCAACUCUGUGAAGCAGUAUCGCCUCAGCCCAAACGACCACCUCACCCUGGACUCUAUUAAGCCCUUUUCCAAUAAUAAGCACAUCGAGCUUAUUCUCAAAAAGCCUUUUGACCGCGAACAGAUACCCUCUCAUCAGCUAAUCCUGACAGCUAUGGAUGGAGGCACCCCACAGCGAACUGGCACGGCCAAAAUCAAUGUACGCAUCCUUGAUGCCAAUGACAACGUGCCUGCGUUUGACAGCUCCGUGUACAAAGUAAAACUGUCUGAAAACUCUCCAAAGGGCGCACUUGUGAUCAAGUUAAAUGCAACAGACCCUGAUGAGGGCUCAAAUGGGGACGUUUUUUAUUCUUUCAGCAGUUACACGCCAGAAAGAGUCAGGCAGAUGUUUUCCAUGGACACAGACACAGGGGAAAUUCGUGUGAAAAACAACAUAGACUAUGAGGAGACAAACUCAUAUGAAAUGUACAUACAGGCUAUGGACAAGGGGCCAGCUCCUGUGGCAGUACACUGUAAAGUAGUUGUAGAAGUUUUGGAUGUCAAUGACAACAUUCCUGAUAUUGUACUGUCUUCACUCUCCAGCCCUGUACGUGAGGAUGCCCGGGCUGACACGGUUGUAGCAUUGAUCAGUGUGAAUGACCGUGACUCUGGACCAAAUAAACAAGUUACCCUAGAGAUCAUGCCCCAUUUGCCUUUUAAGAUCAAGUCCUUCCGGAACCACUAUACCAUUGUCACAUCUGCUUUCCUGGACCGAGAAACCAUCUCAUCCUACAAUGUCACCGUCAACGCUGUGGAUGGAGGCACCCCACCCCUGUCAUCUCAAAUGACCUUUAAGGUGGACGUUGCAGAUGUGAAUGAUAACCCACCUCGUUUUGAACAGACAUCAUAUACUGUUUAUAUUACAGAGAACAAUGCUCCCGGCGCACCUCUGUGUGUUGUUAAGGCCACAGAUGAUGAUGCUGCAGAAAAUGCACGCAUCACAUAUACUGUCCUCAAUGACAACAACCAUGGUAUCCCUGUAGCCAGCUACGUCAGCAUCAAACCUGAUACAGGUGAGGCCUGUGCCCUGCGAGCCUUCGACUUUGAGAAGCUGAGGGAGUUUCACUUUCAGAUUAAAGCCCAGGAUAAUGGUGUGCCUCCCCUCAGCCGUGUGGCCACAGUGUAUGUUUACAUUAUGGAUCAGAAUGAUCACGUGCCCAGGAUAGUCUAUCCACCUGCCAAUGGGAGCCGCACCACAGAGACGCUGAUGAAAAACGCUGAAGCAGGAGUAUUGGUUAGCAAGGUGAGGGCGUGGGAUGGUGAUGCAGGGCAGAAUGCUUGGCUGCUCUAUGCCCUGGAGCAGACCAACAUAGACUUUGACCUGUUUAAGGUGCAUGAGUACACAGGUGAGAUCCGCACCACAAGGCGUGUCAUUGAGGACAACUCCACCUCCUUUGUUUUGAGAGUGCUGGUGCGCGAUAACGGCUUACCGCCACUCUCAUCCACCGCCACCAUCCAUGUGCAUGUGAUGGAGCUGCCAACGAAGCUGACCCCUGAUCCCAAGCGCAUCAUCAGGCCCAACAGCCCCCUAAUGUUUUCAAAUGUCACCCUCUACCUCAUCAUAGCCCUGAGUGCCACAACUUUUGUAUUCCUGGUCACCGUCUUUGUGCUGGCCAUUGUGCGUUGCCAUGCCUACUGCACCCAGCCUGGUUCCUGCUCCCCAUGUUGCGUGUCCAAGAAGAGUGUUCCAGAAGGGGGCACCUCAGCAGGUGGUGGUGCGGGUGGAGGAAGAGCUGCAGGUGGAGGAGGUGGAGGAGGAGGAGGAGGAGGAGGAGGUGGAGGGCAGCCAAAUGACAAUGUGGCCCUGCGCCGUGACCUCAAAGUGGAACCGCAUUAUAUUGAAGUGCGGGGAAAUGGGUCUAUGACGAAAACAUACUGUUACAAAACAUGCCUGACUGCCACGUCAGGAAGUGACACUUUUAUGUUCUACAAUACGGGACGGCCGCACAGUGGCACCUGGGGCUCAGGCUACGUCACCAGCCACAGCGGACAGAGCCAGUUAUUUGUACGGCGUCUCAGUAUGCCAGACGCAACUGCCAUUCAGCCCAAAGUGCCGAGUGCGGACUGGAGAUAUUCAGCCUCCCUGAGAGCAGGAGGUGUAAUGCAGAGCUCAGUGCACAUGGAAGAGUCCUCAGUAAUGCAGGGAGCCCAAGGGGUCCUGGUUCAGAACUGGCCCACUGCAUCCAGCGCUGCUGAUGCUGAAGGGGGAGAGGUGUCCCCCCCAAUGGGUGCUGGUGUAGACAGCAACAGCUGGCACUUUCGCUAUGGCCCCGGCGGUCCUGGUGCACCCCCACAGCACCUGAAACCUGGCGAGGCCCCAGAAGCCUUCAUCAUCCCUGUCCCCGCCAUAAUAUCCAUCAGACAGAACCAGGGAGGAGAGGACGACAAGAGCGAUUUCAUUACCUUCGGAAAGAAAGAGGAGGCCAAGAAGAAAAAGAAGAAGAAGAAGGAGAAGAAAGACAAGAAAGAUAAGGGGAAGGAUGAUGGAGAUGAGUAGAGGAGCAGAAAGAAAAAAUAGCAAAGAAGAAAAGGGCGUUGUUAAAACAGAGGUUCCAACCAAAGUCCACUGGGCUAAAAGAAAAUGUGAAAACUAUUAUAGAUUUUCCAAUUUCAUUUUAUUACCUAUUUUCACUGAUAAUAUUUUAAAGCUCUUUCUGUUAUGAACCUGGCCUUACCAAGAUUAAUUUUACCUUCAGUCCCUUACUGAGGUCAACUAUUGAUCUUGCCUUGAUAAACAAAAUGAUUGAUUUUGCUCCACGCCCCUAUGUGCCUAUACACUCUGAGUAAACUCAUGUCAGUCAUCUUUUCCGAUUAGGAAGGACUAAUGUUUGCCCUCAUCUUGAAUUUUUUCUCCUUUAACCCAUUGGGCACGUUGGCACCUCUGUCUUACCCCCUCCCCAACUAUGAUGUGUAAACCAUUCUCUCUGAGAGAAGACAAAUACUUUGUACAAGAACAACAAAAAGCUCUGUGCCAGCCAAGGAAAAGAAAAAUGACAAAGAAGAUUGAGACAGAUGUAUGCCAUCUGGAGCUGGACACACACUACUUGUAAAUAGCACAGGAGAGAGUCACUGAAACUAAGGCUAACAUAACACUGCUGCAGAUUCCUCUGAUAAUUACCAACAGUGUUUCCUGAGAUCUCAAUGAAACCACAUGUACACACGCGCAUGCGCACACAUUCAAACAUGGCAACACAUACACACACUUACCAUGACAAAGUAGAGACAGAAAACACUUGCGACUUGAGGGAGAGAAACAAAAAAGUCAACUGACAUCAAAGAAAUGUGCUUAAAACUAGACACUGCAAGCUUUUUGCCCUGCACAGUCGCUUAUGCGGUGCACAUGUGUACAUCAACUCUCUCAGGAUGGAAGCAGCAUCCUUUGCGAUCACUCUGUAUUUGCUCACUGCAUUUGAAGGACACAGAGAGCUUCAUCUCCAGCCAGAACCCCAACUGAGGAAUGCAGAGAGCACCGAAAAGAUGGAGAGAUGGGAGGAUACUUCACAUUCUCCUGAGGAUCACAGAGGGGAGAGUCCAGCUGAGCUGGCUUGUGACUCCGCUUUCAGUCAGUGGACUCUGAUGAAACCUUAUGGAAUAUUAGGAGAGUCUUGAGAUUUUGAUAACACCUUCUCUUCUCCCCCUGCCGCAGCAAAAGCCUAAAGGUUUCUGCUUUGAAUGUUUGGUAGCAACCAGUCCUUACCUUGAUACCUUGAGUUUACAACUGCUCACCUGCUUGUACUUGCCCCAAGCUGCCACGAGCCGUCCUCCCCUCCCCCAACUGCCUUUUUCCCCACUUGAACUUGUUCUGUUUUCAUCUAAAGAGAUUCACUAUUACAUACUCUGGCAUUUUUUUUUUUCUGUCCUCAUAGCUUUAACUGCUUUUUGCAUGUCAUGCCCACCCCCAUUUACCCUCAGACACUGCACCAAACCCCCGCUCUGCACCCUGCUCAGGAUCAAUCCUGGGAAUGGCCUGCUCUGAACAUUGUGGUGUGCUGAGAACAGCAUGGAGUAAUGUGGAUGAGGCCUGGGGAAGCCCAGUCGGGGGUCUACGCCCUGAACUCUUGUCAGAUGUUUCUCUAAGGGCACAACGGUUCAGUGCUUUUAACUUACGAGUACUACAGUACACUGUUCAUUUCCUGUUUGUAGCCACUGAUGAGAGGGGACCAGGUGGGAUGAGGCAGAUUACAGGGGUGGAGGACUGGGAUAAAGUGAGGAGACAGGUGCCGUGGGCUGGCCCUCCCCCUUCAUGUACAAGAGAAAGUUGUUCGCCAAAUUGAUUGUUUAGGAUCGUUGAGUCACAUAUUUUCAUCAGCUUUUAUGUACGCUGUAAAUGUAGCGUAGACUUUUCAUAGAUUGUCUCUACAUUAGUAAUUGAAACCUGUUAAAAAUACGGGCAUCUAUGGAUUCCCAUCCCACAGCUAUAUCCCACCAAUCCUCUCUCAGGAGGUUUUGAAAAAGGGGCACGCACAGGCCUCAAGACCUGCUUCUGUUGGUUCCCCUCCCCUGCCUGUACCUUGUUGCCACGUCCCCAAAGUUUUGCGGCUCAGUAUGACGUCACUCCAUUAAGUGGCUGCUGCAUGUACUGCUCUAAGGAAACACAUACUAUAUAGAGAAAUAUAUAUAUAAAUAGAUAGAUGGCUAUGAUUUUAUUCUUUUGUAUUAUCAUUUUUCUUCAUUAGUCACACAGGAGAUAUUUGUAUGUUCUUCUGUCUGCCAAACAUCUAUGUACUACAAUCUUCACGCUCCACAGAUGUUGUAUGGCAUCCACUAAACCUCUUUAGAUAUUUGUAAAUGCUAUAGUGUGAUACCUUUCAACGCAAGUUUUAUUCUUUUUCUUUUACCAACUAUGAUUUUUGCUUUUGAGAACAAGCAAAGCAAGAAAAAAAGAAAAAAAAUCACUCUCUGUGUCCGGCUUUGACAUGACGAUCUAACUAACACUGUAAUAUUGUAACUGAAAUAUGUAUGAUCCUAUGAUGAGCUAUCACUUCCCUUUCACUCUAAAAAACAGAAAAAUGACUUAAAAAAUAUUCCAGUGUAAAAAAAGUAUAUGUAGUGUAUGCUUGUGUUUAGUGAGCGUUCAUGCUGUCAUUCUUUCCCAAUGUAUGGUGGUGAACUAUGGUGGCAAUGUGCUAUCCUAAUUGGACUAGCCCAGAUCUGUUGUAAAACCCUUUUUUUGUACACCCGCUCAUCAACUGUGACAGUGAAGUAGUGAAUUUCAUUUAU